AUGCAUGCACGAAAAAAUGUUAUUUUACUUUCGUUUUUCCUGCUCUUAUGUCUACCAGACUCAUCAAAUUCGGUUGAUCCUUGUAUUCACGAUGUGAAUCUAAAAGGUGUAAUAGAUUUAACCAGUGUUGGUCAUAUGGAUGGAACGCCUGCAUGGAAAAAUGCAGUACCUGACAUGAGUGAUAAACACGAUAAACCUGGUCCCGAUCCAAACCCGAAAAGUGGAUUAAGUGGCGGAUUAAGCGAACUACAAGCAAUUGAAUAUUCAACUAAAAAUAAAAUCGUACAAUCUCAAAAAAUUAAUUCAUUUGAUAAUCGCUUAGAAUCAUCAUUUAGUCUUUUUUCAUCAUCAAUGUCGUUUUCUCAACCAGCAACAUCCACACCUCGAACAACAAAAUCAAAAACAAACAAAGCUCGACAAGAUAUUGAUGAAUAA